AUGUCGGCCUCCACACUGUUCUCCUUGGUUUCGAGUAUGGCAGCUGUCCAGGUUGGCGUCCUGAUCUCCAGCUUUCUGUUUGGCGUCGCAACUCUGCAAGCAUUUUUCUACUAUGUCACGUAUAAACGCGACCCCUUGCCUUUGAAGCUCUUCUCGGCUUUAGUAUGGUUACUAGAGCUCUCUGGGAUGGUCUUCGCGGCGCAUCUGCUGUAUUCGGCUGCUAUCACGCCGUAUCGAGAGAACCCGUUACUCAUGUUCUUGGAUCCUCCGUACCAAAUCCUUGCAACUAUCCUAGCUAGUAAUUGGUCAGGUUGCGCUGUACAGCUCUACUUCGUCGAUCGCGUCACCAAAUUCACCAAAUUGCGCUGGCCAGCGGUCAUCUGCUGGGCGCUCAUACUGUACACCUUCGUCGCUACCCUAAUCAUCUUCACCGUCGCGCUGAAGCGAGGGCUGGUGGAGUAUACCCUUCACUGGAGAUGGCUGUCCAUUAGCAGCUUGAUCAUUUCGGCGGUUGUCGAUAUCUUCAUUGCUUUGAUCAUGUGCCGUAGUCUCUUCAAACAGCGGAGGACGUUUCUCCAGCAGUACGUCAAAGAACGUAGUGGACAGAAUUAUCACGAUAACUCUCAUAUCGUCGCCGUCGUGGCUGCAAUCUUGAAUCUUGUCCUCCCUUAUCAUCUGAUAUACCUUGGGGUCUACAUAUGUCUGGCAAGAAUUUACGCCAACUCAUUUUUUGCCUCGUUGAAUACGAGACGUACGAUACGCGGGGAUACGGGCAUUGAGUCCUUCAAGGUCGCAUCUCGUUCCACCCGAAUGGACUCUUCAAAUAACACUGCAUAUAACGCUUCAGCCCAGCACUCCAAACCCAUGAGAUAUCCGGUCAAACUUCACUAUAUGGAUGACGGCAGCGGCACUGUAUUGGAUAUAAAGUAA